CUGCCAUAGAGGGGGAGUAAAUACUCCUGAACGCCGCCAUCGGCAUCCCACCGAGGGAGGGCACCCACCCAAAAGUUGACGAGCAAAGGAUACAGUAGCGUAGCGCUAGGCUAGAGACUAUACUACAACCGCCGCCCCCAAACUCCCUUCUCCAGAAGCUCCCAGCAUCUACCGAGAGCGGCCGCGGAGAGCCGGAGACAAUGGAUCAGCACGGGGAAAAGGAGGCGGAGAACAAGUCCCAAGAUUCGGCGGGGCAGCGCCAAGACGCCGCCGCCGAAGAAUCACCGGUGGCUCAGCGCCCGGGGUACAAAGCGGAGGAAUCGGCGGGGCUGCUCGUCAAGGAGGUGGUGAGCUCUGGAGAAGCCUCGCCGGCGCUCUUCGCGCACCCGUGCUCGCUGCUGCAGCUCCUGCUCCGCGCCUGCGCCGGCUGCCUGGGCCUGCACGGCUACUUCAGCAGCGACGAGCCCGACCCGAAGCCGGCCGCUGUCGCUGCGCCGGACGCCGCGGCGGAUGCGUCGUCGAAGGAAGGAGAGGGCGGCGGCGAGGAGGCUAAUAACUUCUUGUACAUGCAGGAGGAGGUGGUGACCAGGGUGUGGGCGGUGAGGAGGCCGAGGGAGGGCAGCGGGGGCAAUGGCGGAGUACACCACUAGACGACGUUUCUCCAUCUGCGCGAACAAAAUAAGCUGGUGAUGAAACUACGGUGACGCGUCGGCCUCCGCGGCAGGCGGCAGCUGAUGUAUUUUGUUCGUCGAAGCUAUGGCCGUGUGUAGCAUCUUUUAACUUAGUAUAAAUAAAGUAGUAGGUGUGGCUAUGCGGUUCUUGUUUGCGUAGGCUUCUCUGAUCUGAACUUGAAAUAAGACUCUGAAAGUUUGUAGUUAUCUGUAUAGUUAUCUGCGUGUUUAAGCUGCAAUACCCGAUACGUGCGUUUGCUACUCGAUGUGUGUGGGUGGUAGAAUUAAUUGUUUGUUGUCUUCAGAAUUCAGAUCAUAGUUUGUUGCUGCUGGUGUAUAUAUAAACAGUCCAACAAUCAGUCACCUAUA